AUGGCCCCCGAACCGUGCAAGCAGCCGGCGCUGACGCCAAAGUACCACGACGUCGUCAUCGUCGGCGCGGGCGUCAGCGGCAUCUGCAUGGCCUGCCAGCUGCGCCGCAAGUACAACAUCACCGACGUAAAGAUUCUCGACAAGCUCGACGGCAUGGCCGGCACCUGGAAGGUCAACACCUACCCGGGCUGCGGCUGCGACGUCCCCGCGCCCGUCUACUCGUACUCGUUUGCCCAAAAGGGCGACUGGUCCACCUUCUACCCAAAGCAGGACGAGCUCCGCCGCUACUUUGAGACGGUCGCCGCCCAGCACGACCUCGGACCCGCGUUCCACUUCAAGACCGUCGUCCGCGAGAGCCGCUUCGACGUCGACACGGGCCUCUGGCACGUCUGGACAGAGGACCUCGACGGAGACAAGCAGACGCACCACUACGUCUGCAAGCUCCUCGUCUCGGCCGUCGGCGGCCUCUCGGAGCCCAACAAGUGCGACAUCGAGGGGCACGAGACCUUCAAGGGCCCGCUCUUCCACUCGGCCCGCUGGGACCACUCGGUCCAGACCGACGGCAAGGACGUCGUCGUCGUGGGCAAUGGGUGCUCGGCCACCCAGUUUGUCCCCGAGAUUGCAAGGGGUGCAAAGUCGGUGACGCAGUUUGUCCGCAGCAAGCACUGGUACGCGCCCGUGCCCAAGAAUCCCUUCGACAAGGUUCCCGGCUGGCGCUGGCUCGUCCGCCACGUGCCCGCCAUUCGCGCGCUGCAGCGCUUCCUGAUCUGGGUGGUGCUCGAGUCGCACUUUAGCCUCCUCUUCCUCAACCCGUACGGCGCCUUUAAGCGGUGGCGGUGGGCGCGGCUGUGCAUCGCCCACGCCAAAAAGAUGGCGCCCAAGGAGUACUGGACCACGCUCAUCCCCAAGCCCGACGAGGUCGUCGUGGGCUGCAAGCGGCGCAUCCUCGACAACAAGUACCUGCCCAGCCUCAAGCUGCCGCACGUGCGCCUCGAGACGUCGAAGCUGGUGCGCAUCGAAGAGUCGCACGUCGUCUGCGCCGACGGCCGCCGCAUCGAGGCCGACGUCAUCAUCCUCGCCAACGGCUUCAACACCCAGGCCGCCGGCUUCCCCAUGCGCAUCGUCGGCGCCGAGCGCGAGAUGCGCGAGCACUGGAACCGCUUCGGCGGCGGCGGCCCGCUCAACUACCGCUCCAGCCUCAACGCCGGCUUCCCCAACCUGGGCAGCCUCAACGCCGCCAACUCGGCCACGGGCCACAUGUCGGUCAUUUUCACGUCCGAGUGCCAGGUCCUCUACUUGCUCGAGGUGGCCAAGCCCGUGCUGGCCGCCGCCCGGCCCGCCCAGGCGGCCAUCGACCACAUGCCGGGCACGCCCGCCUCGGACGAGGUGCGCCGCGCAAAGAUCCCCACGUUUGAGGUCAAGCUGCAGGCCGAGCUCGACGAGCAGCACUGGAUCGCCAAGGCCAUGUCCAAGCUCGUCUUCACCACGGGCUGCGGCUCGUGGUACGUCGACCAGACCAGCGGCCGCGUCACGGCGCUCCACCCAGACUGGCAGUGGAAGUUCAUGAUCCGCUCCCUCUUCCCGAAAUGGUCCGACAUCGCCUACACCGGCCUGCGCAACGGCAAGUCGCACCCCGACGGCGUGCCGUGGUGGAAGCUCGUCGGUGACCGCAUCGGCCUCGGACACACGCCCUACGUCUCGCCGAAGGAGACGCCCCAGAUUGACCGCAAGAGCAUGGGCGCGUGA